AAAAAAAGAAUUUUUUCGUCUGCUGCACUUUUUAGCUGCGCUUGUAAUUUUUGUGUAAAAAAUUUAUAAAAAAAUCACAAAUUAGUUAAUAUUUUAUAUUAAUCUAUAAUAUAACAAAUAUAUAUUAGUUUUAUAAUAAAAUUAAUACAAUAACUUAAAAUAAAAGCAGAAAAAUAUAAAUUUUAUACAUUGCAAAAAGUAAUCAAGAAGAAAAAAAGUGAAAGCCAAUUUUGUGUGAUAAUUGGGAAAAAAUACAAGCAAGAGAGUAGCCUGAAAACUUGAAGAGAAAUAGCAAAGAGAAUAUUAAGAGAAGACAAAAUAUAUUUUAUUUUUUUUUUGCUUCCAAACAGGAAACGUAUCGAAAGAAAAUAAAAAAGCAGAAAAGUGCAGCAAACGUUAAAUACAGGUGGAUUUUCUUUUUUUAUACACUAACCAGCUAAGAAAAAACUAAAAAAAUAAAAGUUAAAAUAUAUUUAAAAUUUUUGUCAUUAUUUAAAAAUAAAAACCGUCAAAAUUCUCGGCUUAAAUAACAAUUCAAUUUAUAUCAAUAAACUUCAUCCGAAUCAUAAUAUAAAUAAAUUAACGCGUUCAAAUAGCACACACCACCACCACAACAACCGAAAUCUGCCGAUUAUGUUUGUCAACUCAAUGACGUUCCGUGGCAAUCCGGCGGCUGCCAGCCAUCAUUACCAUCAACAGCAAUCGGCUCUAAAUCAUCACGCCUCUUUAGCGGCUGCUGCUGGACAUCCUCUGGCUGCCGCUCAUCACGCUGGCCAACAGGCAGCUCAGCUUCACCAUGCUGCAGCACAUACUGGCGGAGCUGGACCACUGGGUCAUCAUUUGACCGCUCAUACGGGCCAUCAUGGUGCAGCCGGCAAUAACAAUCAUCAUUUAGCUGGCAGUCAUCUUAAUCGUACUCCUCAUGCUCCAAUGGGUCUGGGUACUGGUAACAUUACUUCCAUUUCUCCUCAUCUUUCGGCGGGCAGCACUUCUUCGGGCAGUGCUUCGAGCACUAAUUCUCCCGAUGGCGGUAAGAUCUAUAUUAAGAAUCUAGAACGGUCAAUUGAUAACAAGGCCAUGUACGAUACCUUUUCGGUAUUCGGCAACAUACUCAACUGUAAUGUGGCCAAGGAUGAGCAUGGAAAUUCACGUGGUUAUGGUUUCGUACAUUUUGAUACUGAGGAUGCUGCACGCGUGGCCAUCGAAAAGGUUAAUGGCAUGUUGUGUAACAAUCAAAAGGUUCAUGUUGUCAAGUAUAUACCAAGACGCGAUCGAGAACAGGAAAAGGCUACACAAUUUAGGAAUUUGUAUGUGAAGAAUUUCAAUGAGGAUUUCUCGGAACAACAUAUGCGUGAAAUGUUUGAACCAUUUGGACGUAUUACCAGUCAUAAGAUCAUGACCGAUGAAGAAGGACGCUCUAAACGAUUUGGCUUUGUGGCUUUUGAAAAUCCCCAAUCAGCUCUGGCAGCUGUCAUUGCAUUGAACGGCAAACAAUUGGGUGACAAGUACCUUUAUGUAGCUCGAGCUUUAAGUAAAAUUGAGCGUCAACAAGAAAUCAAUCGUAAAUUAGAAGAACGUAAAAGACAAAAACCAGGUCAAGUAUUUUUUUAUUAAACAAUGGAAAUAAAAAGUAAAAA